UGGGCCCACUUCACUCAGGUCGUAGAACGGGUCCAUCCGCAUCUCUAUACGCGGAGAGAGCUUCGCGAAAAAUUUGAAAAACUCUCAAAAGCUCUCGCGAAAAUUUCUGACGAAUUUGUGUCUAAAAUUCGUUAAUAAUUACAUCAUUAACACACAAUAAUAGCAAUAAUGCGGUUCAGUUAAGCCAUAAACAUGUGUGAAGUGCCUUAAUACAAAACCAAAUAGAACAUAACGACGUUCGACAAAUAAAGCAUUGUUUGUAGAGCAGUACGAACCUAAAACAAUGUUUAAUUUUUUUUCAGAUAUGAACGUGUGACAGUUCGAACGUAGACAAGGUGUGUGCGGAAACGUCACCCAGAGCUGUCCAAAUUUGAUUAUAAAUCGCGAGUCAUGUGUAACGGACAUGAAACCUCGACUUUUGUCGCUCUCGGUGUUAACCUAUUGUUUAUAUUUAUCAGUGGAAUUUUUGUGCCAUUCUGUAAUGUUUAGUGAUGAUACCAUUCGUCCGAUGAGGGGUCAGUAUGCAAGCUAGCGGAUCGGGUUCGAAACUCGUGCUGGCGCUUUGCGUAUUGCUUUUCUCCAUCCACAGUUUCAGGCUAGUGUGCGGUGUAAUAGCUUUAGGUGCAGAAGUAAUCUGUGGUCGAGUGCCGGGAUUAACAAUCAAGCAGAAGGAAAUGUGUAAAGCGGCUCCUGACGCGAUGGUUGCCGUUGGCGAUGGUGUGCGUUUGGCGGCAACCGAAUGUCUAUAUCAAUUUCGACAUCAACGCUGGAAUUGCACCGGAAUUAGUAACCCAACAUCAUUUGGACACGUUAUAACAGUUGGAUCACGAGAGGCCGCUUUCACCUAUGCAAUUUCAAGCGCCGGAGUAUCGUACGCGGUGACGACAGCAUGUGCCAAAGGAAACAUAUCAUCGUGCGGCUGUGCUCCCGGUCCCAAACCGAGAGACGCCGCGCCAUCGGGAUGGAAAUGGGGCGGCUGCAGCGUGGAUAUAGCUUUUGGAACCAGAUUCGCGCGAAAAUUCUUAGACGCCCGAGAACUCGAGGGGGACGAACGAAGUCUUAUGAAUCUACAUAAUAAUAGGGCGGGAAGAAAGGUAGUGAAGACCAGUUUAAUUACCGAAUGCAAAUGUCACGGAGUAUCGGGGAGCUGCACGAUGAAAACCUGCUGGAAGACUUUACCCCAAUUUCGUCAAAUCGGAGACACGCUGAUGAAGAAGUAUUACAGGGCGAGGCCGGUGGCUUCGAGUUUUGCGACGCCGGGCCCGCGACAGACGGAUAACGCGAAUAAAAAACGGCGGAAACUGCAUCUCGUGCUGAAAAAAGGAAAAAUGCCCAUUAGGAAGGCGCCGAAACGUGCCGAUUUGGUGUUCUUACAAAUGUCGCCGAAUUAUUGCGAAAAGGAUCUGGCGGCCGGUUCGUUAGGUACGGUGGGCCGUACUUGCAACAGGACAUCUCCAGGUACAGAUGGUUGCGGUUUGAUGUGUUGCGGAAGAGGUUAUAACACGCAUCAAUACACAAGGACUUGGCAGUGUAGGUGUAAGUUCCAUUGGUGCUGUUACGUAAAUUGUGAUACAUGCAGCGAAAGAACUGAAGAAUAUACCUGCAAAUUAGCGUUGUCCAAGACAAUUCCCAUUCAAGUUACCUGGUAGCAAAGUAGCUGUGCUCAUAAUUGUUAACGCUCCCUCUCCCCAUACUCCAUGGCUAAUAACAACGUCUAACAGUAUUUUUUAUUAAAUACGUAAAAGUUUCCUUCAUUAUUAAUUAUUUAUUGUACGUAACUUAAAUUAAUACAUGACAAAUUUGUACAAUUAUGUAUUUGUAAUAAAGUUUUGUAUGUAUGUA